CCCUAUCAUGAGCUCGACUCUUUGUCAACUGAGCCAGGAUGAUGCUAUUCUUGCAAUUGCUUUCAACCUUGUAAAGGAAGAUACUUGAGAAUGAGACGUCCUACCAAGUGCUUAUAGACCGAUGAACCCCAUGGUUCACGGCGAGUUCAGAAUGGCCCCGAAACAUAUCGACCACACGAACGAAAAGCAUGCACAUGAACUCUUCGAUACAAUUCUCAGUAUAUCUGUUUGUGGUCUUCACCACCCGGUAUGCGGGAGCAAUGCCAGUAACAACAGGACCUCCAGUGUUGAGCAAGGAAGAUGCCGAGUCACUAGUAUCCCACGCCCUUGGAAGUUUUACAAACCCAGACCAAAGGAACAAAGAGACCUCGCAAGACAAUUAUGCAAGAGACUAUGCAAGGAGUGGUGCCGAUAAAGGAGCAAUUGUUGGAGGCACUGUUGCUGGCGGAAUCAUCAUUUGCGUCACGGUAUUUUUCGGCGUUCUCAUCCUCAAGAAAUAUCUUACUCGUCAAGGAAAAUACAAUAAAAGGGUCGUUGAUGGGAAACCUUUAUGCCCAGACACCGAAACACCAGGAACAACGUCUAGCACCCCGACCCGUACUGCAUGGCGCCAGACGUUCAACCAUCGAAUAUCGGUCCCGUAUGCAGACUCUGUAUACUCUCAGAGAUCUUUCGGAAACACUGCAGCUGCCACUCAAAUGAGUAGGGCCUCAGCCCAACCAAUUCCGCUGCCUACUAUACCGUCAAAGGCUGCCGAGAUGUUAGGAGUUGAAGAUACGAAUUCAACGCCUCUUGCAAAGACACCUCUUCCUUCGCCUCGCUUGCUAAUUACACCUCUUUCGGAGAACUUUAUGCCAAAGACUCCUAUUCUUCAAUACUCUUCGUCACAGAGUCCUCCGGAGCAAAGCCCUCUACGGAGGAACCCUCCAUUGCUGCCCCCUCCGAAGAAUCCUCCUCCUCAAGGUCCGCUGCCGCCUGUCCCUACCCAUGAGCCACCAGCUGUUGGGGUGUCCAAGCAAUCCAGAAGCCCCCAGAAUCGCACAUCUUCCGUCUGUACCAUGAGUACUCUUGGUAUGGAACUUCUCCACGAUGUGAUGCAACCCCUGGAGUCAACCACAUUCAGCCCACCCCCUGAAAAGGCGUCCUUCCUUCGUUCACCACCACCAAUUUCAAAAACAAAUAAGCUACCUCCAGUAGCUAUGAACAAUUCCAAAGGGCAGAAUAGAGUGCCUAGUAGACGAUAUUUUGUACCGUUGUUCAAGAACAAUGGACAGCUGCCGAGUCCAACAUCGCCUGGUGGGGGAGUGCUUUCAGAACCAGGGACAAGGAACAGAACGAAGAAUAUUAUCAAUUCCAAGGCUGAAACAGUCUUACGAGACUCUUCUAGGGCGGGACUAUUCUCUCUUGGCCACAACAAAAUAUGAGCCUCGCAGGCCGAGGCUAGAUGGAAUCCAUGACAUUAAUGAACGUUUGUUCAGGCUUAUACCGACUAUACCAAGCAUGGUUUAUUGAUCCAGAAUUAUAUACUACUUAAUACACCAACCUUUCCUCUUUAC